ACUGUUAUGGUGACUUUUUAAAUGAAGAUUUUGAUGUAAAAGUUUAUACUUCUCAAUCUAUUCAUCAAGCUGUAAUUGCUGAGCAACUAGCAAAACUUGCCCAAGGGAUCAGUCAGUUGGAUAAAGAACUACACCUACAGGUUGUUGCAAGACAUGAAGAUUUACUGGCACAAGCAACUGGGAUUGAAUCUUUGGAAGGUGUUCUUCAGAUGAUGCAGACAAGAAUUGGUGCUUUACAGGGAGCUGUUGAUAGGAUGAAAUCAAAAAUUGUUGAGCCAUAUAAUAAAAUAGUAGCCCGUACUGCACAACUAGCAAGACUUCAGGUUGCCUGUGAUUUGCUUCGGAGAAUAAUUCGCAUCUUAUAUCUCAGUAAGAGACUCCAGGGACAACUGCAAGGAGGAAGUAGAGAGAUAACCAAAGCUGCUCAGAGUCUCAGUGAACUUGAUUAUCUUUCUCAAGGAAUAGAUCUUUCUGGAAUAGAAGUAAUAGAAAAUGAUCUACUUUUUAUUGCAAGAGCACGACUUGAAGUGGAAAACCAAGCUAAGCGUCUGCUGGAACAAGGUGUGGAGACCCAGAACCCGACUCAGGUUGGAACAGCUCUUCAGGUUUUCCAUAACCUUGGGACUUUGAAGGAUACUGUUACCAAUGUUGUGGAUGGUUAUUGUACUACUUUAGAAGACAGUAUCAACAAUGCAUUGGAUGUCAAAGUUUUGACUCAGCCUUCUCAGUCAGCUGUGAGAGGAGGUCCUGGGCGAGCUACCAUGCCAACUCCAGGAAACACGGCAGCUUUUCGUGCUUCCCUCUGGACCAAUAUGGAGAAACUUAUGGAUCACAUCUGUGCUGCUUGUGGACAGGUACAGCAUCUACAAAAAGUACUAACCAAGAAGAGAGAUCCUGUUUCUCACAUUUGUUUCAUUGAAGAAAUAGUUAAGGAUGGACAGCCGGAAAUUCUGUACAUGUUUUGGAGUGCCGUUACCCAGGCACUUUCUUCUCACUUUCAUGCAGCAACAAACUCUUCUAUGUUUUUGAAACAGGCAUUUGAAGGUGAAUACCCUAAACUAUUACGUCUUUAUAAUGACUUAUGGAAGCGUCUUCAACAGUACAGUCAAAAUACCCAAGGGAAUUUCAGAACAAGUGGGACUGCUGACCUCUGCAUUGAAACCCCCCACAUGGAAGAUGAUACACAAGACAUGUUCAUCCUGAAAAGGCCGGAUUAUGAUCCAGAAAAAGCUUUGAAGGAUUCACUACAACCCUAUGAGGCUGCUUAUCUCUCAAAAUCCCUAUCUCGACUCUUCGAUCCCAUCAAUUUGGUUUUUCCCCCUGGUGGGCGUAAUCCUCCUUCCUCUGAUGAGCUUGAUGGCAUCAUUAAAACUAUAGCAAGUGAACUCAAUGUAGCUGCUGUUGAUGCAAACCUCACAUUAGCUGUGUCAAAAAAUGUAGCGAAGACCAUCCAGUUAUAUGGUGUGAAAUCAGAGCAGCUUCUCUGUACUCAAGGAGAUGCAAGCCAGGUAAUUGGGCCUCUCACUGAAGGACAGAAGAGAAAUGUAGGAGUGGUGAAUUCCCUGUUUAAGUUGUACCAAGCAGUAGCAAAGGUGGUUGCCAGUCAGAGCUCAUUCCCAUCAGCAGCUGAGCAAACUGUCACAUCAGCCCUAAAGACAAUUCACUCUCUCAUGGGGAAUGCCAUACAGCCCUUACUGACUUCAGUGGCAGAUGCGGUCGAGGCUAUAAUCAUCACCAUGCAUCAGGAAGAUUUUUCCGGGUCAUUGUCCAGCUCAGGAAAGCCUGAUGUUCCUUGUUCUCUAUACAUGAGAGAGCUACAAGGUUUCAUUGCCAGAGUUAUGAAUGACUACUUUAAGCACUUUGAAUGUUUGGAUUUUGUCUUUGACAAUACUGAAGUUAUUGCCCGAAGAGCUAUUGAACUUUUUAUCCGAAAUGCCAGUCUUGUAAGACCUCUUGGGGAAGGUGGGAAAAUGCGACUUGCUACGGAUUUUGCACAG